AUGAGUUUCUUUUGUAUGGAAUUGACACCCAACCAACCAUUCGUUAUGGAUUUGGAGGAUGGUGAAACCUUCCACUUGACACAAGCUAUUAUCACUCAAGAGUCAAAGGCAAAGGGAAAGAUCUAUCUCACUGCUACCAUGUCUGCUGAGAUGGAAAGCGAAGAUCCAGAGGAGGAACCACAAGAGGAAGAGAUUGUCAAGACACCAGUCUGUAUGUUGCAAGCCGAUAAAUGUGAACAAUACGCCUUGAACUUGAUGUUCAACGGUGAGUACAAGAUUACUUUCGGUGUCGAGGGUGACGAUAAGGCCGUCGUCAACAUUUUGGGUUACAUCAUGGUCGACCCAGAAGGUGGACACAGCCACAUGGACGACUGCGAAGAUGAAGAUUGCCAAGGUUGUGCCAUCGAUGAAGACGACGAUGAAUUCGGAUUCUCCGACGAAGAAGAGAUGGAUUUCGAUGGUGAAGACGACGAAGUACCAAUGUUGAAAUCGAGCAACGGUAAGAUUAAAGAGAUCCCAGAGGACGCUCCAGUCGCCACCAAAAAGCAACAACCAGCCGCCGCCAAGAAGGAACAACCAGCCAAGAAGGAGCAACCAGCUAAGAAGGAACAACCAGCCGCCGCUGCUGCCAAGAAGGAGCAACCAGCCAAGAAGGAACAACCAGCUGCUGCUGCCGCUCCAGCUGCUGCCGCCGGUGCCAAGAAACCAAAGAGAAAUCAACAACAACAACAACAACAACCAGCUCAAAACGGUAAGAGACCAGCUGAUGCCAAUCAAGGAAAGCAACAAAAGAAAGCUAAAAACUAA